CUCAUCUGCAGUGAAAAUGACUUCAUGUGUGCUGACGGAAGUAACUGUAUUUACGACAGCUGGGUGUGUGACGCUGAGGAGGACUGCGCUGACGGGAGUGACGAACAGGGGGCGCACUGCCCGCCUAAGGUGGACUGCGUCGGUGAGAACUUCCAGCAGGAUUCCGGCAGGAUCGACGUCCUACACUACACUAACGACCAGGACUGCACCUGGACCAUCACCGUCACCGCCGGCAAGUUCGUCCAUCUGCUGUUCACCGUGUUUGACAUAGAAUCGGACAGUGCUUGCAGGUUUGACUCCGUGACGGUGUAUGACGGCCCCAGCACGAGCGCACCCCAGCUGCUGAAGGGUUGCGGAGACAGGCUCCCUGCCCCCAUCACCUCCUCCUCCAACACCCUGACGGUCCGCUUUGUCACCGACGAGGACGUAGUCCGGAUGGGCUUCUCCGCCUCCUUCUCUGCCGUCGGCCAUCAGCACACAAAAUAAGACCCAUCAGCACACAAAAUAAGACUCAUGCAGCACAGAAAAUAAGACCCAU